UUAGGUUCAAGAAUAUUACCAAAUUCGUAUACUCCCCAGAAUUUGAUCUUUUGUGGUCCCUUUUUGAUCUUUUCUUGGGCAAAAUUAAAGUUUUAUACUUGAACAACACAUUCCCAAUCUUAUAUAACUGUUAACUCAUAUAUAUAUACUGGUGAUUUUUGAGUGAUUAGCCCCAUCACAUGCACAUUGUGUUAUGGCUUCAUCUUCAUACACCUACAUCUCACUCAUUGUAUUGGUUCUUGUUAUCUGUAAUUAUUCUUCAACAACUAGUGCUUCAAGUAAUCCAGGCAGUGAAACAGAGUUCGAGAAAUGGCUCGGUUGGAAUGCCCGAAAUCACAGAAGUAAACGGCUGGCGGCGGAUCGAUCCCUUGUUAUGUCAGUUCUUGACGAUAACCUCGUGAUUGCGGAGAAGAACAACGUGAUGAUCAAUGUUAGUCGAGAUGGAAGUGGCGAUUUCAAAACUAUUAAUGAAGCACUUAACAGCAUCCCUUUACGUAACACCAGGAGAGUCAUUUUGGUCAUCAAACCAGGCAUUUAUAGGGAAAAGAUCACUAUCCCUAGAACAAUGCCCUUCAUUACAUUUCAAGGUGAUGCAAAUAACCCACCAACCAUAACCGGGAACGACACGGCGUCGAGUUCCAGUAAAGACGGAAGGCCAUUGAAGACAUUUCAAAGUGCAACAGUUGCUGUGGACGCAAAUUAUUUUGUGGCCAUUAACAUCAAGUUUGAGAACACAGUCCCACAUACGAUUGGAUCCAAAGGGGGUCAAGCAGUAGCAGUACGCAUAUCAGGGACCAAAGCUGCAUUUUACAACUGCAGUUUCUAUGGGGACCAAGACACACUUUACGACCACAAGGGUCUCCAUUACUUCAACAAUUGCUUUAUCCAAGGCUCCGUCGAUUUCAUUUUCGGCUACGGCAGGUCCCUUUACGAGAACUGCUAUUUGAACUCCAUAGCCAAGAAAGUAGCCUCUCUCACGGCACAAAAGCGAUCCAGUGCGUCAAUGGCCAGUGGCUUUUCAUUUAAAGAUAGCGUGGUAACAGGCAAUGGCACUGGCCUGGUUUACCUAGGUAGAGCAUGGGGUGAAUAUUCAAGGGUUGUCUUCUCUUACACGUUCAUGGACAAAGUGGUUCGUCCCCAAGGGUGGAGCGAUUGGGGAAACCCUAAGCGUGAUGAUAGGGCUUAUUAUGGAGAAUACAAGUGCAGUGGACCUGGAGCCAACUUAACAGGAAGGGUGCCAUGGGCACGAAUUCUUACAGAUGAAGAAGCUGAGCCAUUUUUAGGAACUUACUACGUUGAAGGAGACACUUGGCUCAUCAAUCCUUGAUGACAACAAGCAUAUAUUUAAUACCAACCUAUGGUUUUUUUUCAUGAAGGAUCAACUGAGGUUCUAAAUCUAGAUGGGUCUCUAAAUAUUUCUGCAAAACUGUUCAUUUAUAUUUAUUGUGUAUGUUAUUGUUGUAAUAAUGUUUACAUGAAAGAACUUCAAAAUGGUGAAGAUCAUGGAAAAAGCUGAAUAAAGCCAGAAGAUUGGAUCGAUCUUGGCAUGUCUUUAUAGUGUGUAACAAGCCUUGCGAUGACCGUAUACAAAUUAUACUUCGUCCUUAUAA